CUUUUUCAUCACAAAGGUCAAUUGCUACCAAUUGGCUACUUUACAUCACUGAAUGUUCUUUGAAUGCUCAGCAUCGUGUUAGUGGUGAUCAAGCUCUUCACCUAUCAGGACCUCCAUCUUUUUCAACCUCACGUCAAACUGUCCGCUAUGGUUUUUUCUGCCUUAUUCCGGUACAAGUGACUUCCGAACUGCCAUCUGCCUGGACCCCAGCAUCUGUCGUCCGAGUAUAAGUAUCUCGUGUUCCCCCCUCUGUCCUCUGUUUUGGCAUGCUCAGCAGUCCUCUUCCUCUUCACCUCUUCCAUUUACCUUCACUUCUCCUGUCCUCGAACAUCUUGGUCUGUCUCAACAAGAUAGCCUCUCAUCGUACCAUCCUACUUCCUUAUACUUCUUCCUUCCAGUCCAUCAUCGUGACACCUUCUCGUGUUGUUGCUGCCUCCAAGACCUAUCCCAUCCAGACCUCUUCAUCAUGAUGGACCUCGCCGCUCCAGCCUUCGACACAGACGUUAGCCAUAAGGUUGAAUACAAGAUUCGUGACCUUGGAACACGCUCUGUUACCCUCUUUCCCACCCAAGCACAGGUCAAGAGAGAAAUCAAGAAUGUGCCUCUCAAGCCUGGAGUCAACGAGAUAUCCAUUGUCGGGUUGAGCCCAACCAUUGACAAGAAUUCGGUCACCGUUGAAGGCAGUGGUGCCGCUACAAUCACGGGCAUCAGUGUUGAAUUUCUCCCCAACCGCGAACUUUUUGAUGAAGUCUAUCCAGAUUCCGAUGAUAAUGAUGAUUCAGACAGUGACGAUGAAGAAGAAGGAGAAGGCGAACCCCCAGAAGUGCCGCAACAUGGGGAGUUGCUGGAAACCAAGAUGAAACUCAUCGAGCUCAAAGAUGAGCAGCAGCGAGCCAGAGAAAUUAUUGGCAAUGCUGAUGAGCGUAUCAAGGUCCUUGACAUAUACUCCAAGUCUCUUGAUAAGAGAGAGGGUGUAAACAUUAGUGAGAUGCUUGACACAUAUAAGCAAGAACACCAAAAAGCUUUUGAAGAACGUCUAGUCGGCGUGCAGAGGGAGCGAGAACUCACGGAGGCCAUUAACAAGGUUACCAAGGAGCAGAUGCGCUUGAACAAGCUUGGAAACAAGUUUCAGAAGAAGGAGGCCAAGAACAAGGCCAGAAUCCAGAAAGCCGUCCAGAAAAAGCAGGAACAGCGCCAGAAGCGUCAAGAGGAGAAGCGCAAGGAGAAGGAGCGUAUUCGCAACGAGCGCUCACGUUGCUGGCCGCUGUUCUGCUAUACCAUACACAUACAACUUGAGGUGAGCUCAUCCUACACGCCGGCUUCGUCUCGCCGGGAAUCUGUAUCCAGCGAGGUUGAACUUGUUCAGCGGCCCAGGAGCAAGACUGCAGACCUGGAAGAGACAUCCUCCUGCAACCUUGUGUUGUCAUAUGUCACCAACUCGGCAUUCUGGACUCCCAGUUAUGACAUCCAGCUGUCAACUGUUGACUCCACGGGUACGCUUUGCUUCGAUGCCGGUCUGCAUAACACAACAUCUGAGACAUGGGAAAACUGUAAGAUCACACUGUCCACUUCUCAGGCCACAUCUUCGAGCCUUGACGAGUCAAUUCCCAGUCUCACACCCUGGCGUAUCAAGCUGGGCAACAAGAAGUCCUCAUCUGCCGAGAGUGGUGCUUUUGAAAGUGUGGUGGAACUUCAGCAACAGGCCACAUGGCGUAACAAGAAACAAGCACCACAGCAGCCUCCUAACUUCAGGCGCGAAAUGUUUGGUCUUCCAGGCCACGCUCUGAAUGACUAUCAGAUGCAGUUGAUGAUGUUGGAACAGCAGAACAAGAAGAGGCUGAUGAUGGCUAGACAGGAGCAGGAUUCCACGGGCCCGCCUGCUCCUCCUCCCCCUGCUGCUGCGAUGAUGGCGCAACAAGCGCGAGCGCAAGCUCAGGGGUCGCAGAUGCGACCACCCAUGUCACACAACAUGAUGGUGCAGAAUCAGAUGGCACAGCCCCAACAGAUGCAGCAACAGAUGCAGCAACAGCAGCAGCAAUUCCCAGGAAUGGCACAGAUAGACUUCUCCUCUUACGACGACUUCGAUGCCUUGAUAGAUGAAGAUACAACUAUGACGGAUGCUCAGCCAUCCCUCGAAUUCCAAAAUUCCCUUGUUGAAGAGACCGGCUUCACCACAACCUUCGAUCUUCCCGGCCUCAAGACUCUCGUGCCCAAGUUCACCGUUUCGAAGCAACGUGUUGCUCGCCUGCAGUUUACGAAUGUUCUGUUCAGCCAUACUAUCGUGGCCAAAUAUCAGCCAGCGGCUUAUCUCAAGGCCAAACUCAAGAACAAUAGUAAACUUACUUUAUUGCGUGGACCUGCGAGCUUGACGCUCGACGGCAGCUUCAUGGGGCAGACCAAAAUUCCUCGAUGUAGCUCCGGUGAGGUCUUCACUCUUAGUCUGGGUGUGGACUCGGCGAUCAGAGUUAUGUACCCCAAGCCUGAUGUUCGAAGAAGCACGAGCGGAGUGUUCAGCAAGGAAGACAGCUCUGUCUAUGUUCGCGCUGUCACAGUCCACAAUACCCGCGUAACUGCCAAAAAGCCCAUCAGCCUUCUGGUGCUGGAUCAAAUCCCUGUUUCAGAGGAUGAUCGCCUCCGAGUUGAGUUACUCAGCCCUCGAGGUUUGACUGUCGAAGGACCGCGCCAAGCGACUGGUGCUCCUGGACGUGAGACUGCAGAGGAUAAAGACUGGGGCAAAGCUAUGGCAUCUCUUAAGAAGAGCGGACAGGUUUCGUGGGAGGUCUCGCUGAAUGCGGGCAAGGCCGUAAAGUUGGGACUCGAGUAUUCGGUUUCAAUGCCUAGUGGCGAUGUUGCUAAAGAAUGUUGAUUUGCCUCGACAUGUGUGGAAGUUGACAAUUGAUGGAUCAGUGAUAGUGGGAUAACUCUGAGCCUCUAACCAGCCAUCAAGGAUACGUUAUAGCACCACGUUCACUUUGAUUAUUCUCAAAUUUUACUCUCGGGGUUUACAAUGAUUCCUAUAAUAUUUCACAGCACUCAAUCUUUCCAGUCUUUCCAAUCUUUUCACUUUGAAAACCUCGCUUUCUGUCAAGUUAUGGUGAUUGCUUAGAUCUUCCAACUUCAUGUCAAUUGGAAGAUAUCAGUUGUCGAUACUAUACAUAAUUUAAGACACAGCUUUACAUAGCACAGCAAUCCCUUCGUCUUUUCAGUACCCUCUGGUCCUCUCCUUAUGACUGCACCAUUCUCUACCUUCGGAUCAUUCGUCGCCAGCCUACCGGCCACUGACUUACACCCCUGAGUCAAGUAACUCAAUCUUCGUCCAUCUCAGAGUCAUCCUCGUCUUCAGAACCAUCCUCCUCCGCUUCAGAAUCGCCCCCCUUCUCCACAGAAUCCUCGAGCUCAAGCGUUCCGAACUGAUCAAUUACGGUGUGCGACUCGAUUAUCGCCAUGUGAAACUUCUCGCCUGGGAUCUCUGUUCGGGCAGGCUGUAGCCUGUUCCCAAAGUUCGGUGCGCGCGGAACUCCUGGAGGACCAAUAAUCGCAUUCAAGGGUGUAUCUCGUGAGCCGGGGCCAUCGUUGGUAUGCAUCAGUGUCGAUGGGGGGUGGCGGAGAAGAGGAGGCAGGGGCUGGAUUCGCCAUUCCAUAUCAUUCUUAUGGGCGUCUGAGAUUUCGUCCGACCAGCAUGGUCUACUGCGGUCCAUAUAAUACUCGAUUUGCCCGAGCAUGAUCAUCUGUGACAUGGCCGGAUCGUCGACAGAGUGAUGGGAGUACCGCUCUGGGAGCUCCUAGGGCUUUCUCUGUCGGUGGUGAGACAAAUAUGGGUGUCCGCGUUCGUACUCGUCAGCGAGCAGAGCUGGGUUGAUAAAUGGGGCUGGUGUGCUGCCCAUCUGGGUGUUCUUGAGGGACAUGACAGGCUUAAGCCUAUCGGCCCCAUCGUUGGCUGGUACGUG